CCCGUUUGCUCUAUGAACCACAAUGACAACUGUGACGCACGACGACUACACAAUCGCAUGGAUAUGCACCUUGCCGCUGGAAGCAGCAGCGGCCCGCAGUAUGCUGGACAGUACCCACAGUCCGCUGCCUAUACCCUCCACUGAUUCGAAUGCCUAUCAACUUGGUGAACUAAACGGCCACUAUGUUGUGAUCGCCAGCCUACCAAACGGUAUAUAUGGCAAAGUGUCUGCCGCAACCGUUGUAUCUCGCAUGCGUUCGACCUUCCCUCAGCUUCAAUAUGGAUUGAUGGUAGGAAUCGGAGGCGGAGUCCCGAGCAAAAGUCAUGACAUUCGAUUAGGCGAUGUAGUGGUAAGCAAACCAGCCGGAAAGCACAAUGGGGUGAUCCAGUAUGAUUAUGGCAAGGCGAUUCAAGGUGGCCAAUUCGAAGCAACAGGAACCUUGAACAAACCACCACAGGUGCUUUUGACACAUAUGGGUCAACUGAAGGCAAAACAAAUGACUGAAGGCGAGGAUGUUUUUUCUCAUAUAGUGGAUGAAACCUUGAUACAGAACCCUAAUAUGCAAGAACGAUUUUCACCUCCAGACCAGCAUACGGACCUUUUAUUUCAUUCCUCUUAUCAUCAUAUCGCCGGGGAAGGUACUUGUGAACAUUGCGACAAAGAAAAAUUAUAUAAACGGCAACCACGAAAGACAAGAACACCUCAGAUUCACUAUGGGUUGAUUGCAUCAGGGGAUCAGGUGAUAAAGGACUCAGAAACACGAGAUCGCCUAGCACAGCAGUAUGGAAUCCUCUGCUUUGAAAUGGAAGCGGCCGGGCUGAUGGAUGAGCUUCCAACGCUUGUGAUCCGAGGGAUAUGCGACUAUUGCGACUCUCAUAAACAGAAACAGUGGCAAGGAUAUGCUGCUCUGGCUGCGGCAGCUUAUACAAAAUUAUUGUUAUCGGCUAUUCCUAUAGGCCGUAUGGAUAUCAAUCUGAAAAGCAAGAAAACGCGGCACUGGAUGGUCUCACUCGCAAGGAAUCCGAUGUUUGUCGGGCGUCAGGACAAAAUCGCGAAACUGGAAGAAUUAAUAACAAUGCAAGACGGUCCCAGAAAGAUCGCCAUCACCGGGCUAGGAGGGGUCGGAAAGACCCAAGUGGCCCUUGAGCUAGCACACCGCAUCCGGGACCAAGAUAAGGAGUGCUCAGUCUUCUGGAUUCCCUGUACCAGCUAUAUCAUAAUUGAGCAGAUGUUCCUGCAAAUUGCACAGAUACUCGGACUUCGUGAUGUGAAUCCGGCAGAGGUCAAAGAACAGGUUAAAAGCUACCUUGAUUCGGAACGUGCAGGAAAGUGGCUUCUGAUCCUUGAUAAUGCAGAUAAUGCGGAGAUGUGGUUAACUGGUAGCCACACAGCUCCACCUCUUGAGGACUUUCUCCCGGAAAGUGGACAAGGCCGUAUUUUGUUUACCAGCCGAAACCGAAAACUCGCUAUGAGGCUGGCACCAUUCAAUACUAUUCCGAUCCCAGAUAUAGAUGAAGAAACGGCAGCCAAAAUAUUAGAAAAGAUACUGGGACACAAGGACUUGCUCAGAGAUCCUACUACAUCCGCUACUCUCCUUGAACAACUAUCCUUUCUCCCGUUAGCAAUUGCGCAAGCAUCAGCAUACAUUCUUGAAAACAGCAUCGACUUGUCGACCUAUCUUUCACUGCUCCAAGAGCAGGAACAAGAUGCUGUGGAACUUCUAAGCGAAGACUUCAGGGAUCCCGGACGCUAUAAGGAUAUUCAGAAUCCCGUGAUUACCACCUGGUUAAUAUCAUUCAAACAGAUCCAGCAGCAAGAUCAAUUAGCUGCAGAUUAUUUAUCUUUUAUGGCCUGCAUCGACCCGCGAAACAUUACCCAGUCCCUGCUUCCUCAACCCGCAUCGAGAAAGGAGAAAGUCGAUGCUUUGGGACUUUUAAAUGCAUACUCGUUUACGAACAGCCAAGACAUGGAUAUUAAUAUGCACCGACUUGUCCAUAUUGCGACCCGAAACUGGCUCAGGAAGAAUGCGUUAUUCAGCCACUGGGUCCAAAGGGUGGCUGAUCAUAUGCAGAAUAUAUUUCCAGAUAAUCACCACACCAAACGAGGACUUUGGCGGGAAUACCUUCCUCACGCUUUAGCACUUGUGCAAGAAGAUGAAUUUGUGGUACAAGAGAACAAUUACUUGAAUUUAACUAGAAAGGUUGCAGAUUGCCUUGCUAGUGAUGGAAGAUAUCAAGAAGCAGAGGUACUCUAUAAGAAGCUGAUGACGAUCAACCAGGAGAAAGCUGGCGCGAAGCAUCCCUCCAGUCUGAGCAGUAUGAAUAACUUGGCAUCAACCUUUUGGAAUCAGGGUCGAUGGAAUGAAGCUGAGAAGCUGUUUGUGCAAGUAAUGGAGACAUCUAAGACCGUGCUGGGAGCAGAGCAUCCUGACACUCUGAGCAGCAUAAAUAGCCUGGCAUUAACCUACCGCGAUCAGGGUCGAUGGAAUGAAGCUGAGAAGCUGUUUGUGCAAGUAAUGGAGACAAGGAAGACCGUGCUGGGAGCGGAGCAUCCUAACACUCUGACCAGCAUGUCAAGCCUAGCAUCAACCUACCGGAAUCAGGGUCGAUGGAAUGAAGCUGAGAAGCUAGAGGUACAAGUAAUGGAGACAAGGAAGACCGUUCUGGGAGCGGAGCAUCCUGAUACUCUGAGCAGCAUAAAUAGCCUGGCAUUAACCUACCAGAAUCAGGGUCGAUGGAAUGAAGCUGAGAAGCUGGUUGUGCAAGUAAUGGAGACAAGGAAGACCAUGCUGGGAGCGGAGCAUCCUGACUCUCUGAUCAGCAUGGCGAGCCUUGCCUAUACUUGGAAAUCUCAGGGGAAAAUACGAAAUGCCUUAACUCUGAUGAAACAAUGCUCUCACCUCAGAAAUCAAGUAUUAGGGCCUAGUCAUCCGGACUCCAGGUCAGCGUCUCGUACUUUCAUUGGCUGGUUUGGUGCCGCCAUAUUCCCACCAUUCAGCUGGACAAAAGACAACUUAUUGGAGUAG